AUGUGGUGGAUAGAAGGAAUGUGUAUUGUGGCAGUAGUUGUCAUAUAUUUUACUUAUUGGCUAAACAAAUGGAGCAAUCCAAAGUGCAAUGGAGUACUCCCUCCGGGUUCUAUGGGCUUACCCAUUAUUGGAGAGUCCUUUCAGCUGAACGUUCGCAGUUACUCUCUAGAUGUCCACCCAUUUAUCAAAAAGAGAGCUCAAAGAUAUGGACCAAUAUUUCGAACUAGUUUGGUGGGUUGUCCUGUUGUUGUAUCAAUAGAUCCUGAAUUCAACCAUCACAUCGCUAAACAAGAAGGGAGACUAGUUGAAUUAUGGUAUUUGGAUUCAUAUUCCAAGAUCUUCACUAUGGAAGGUGAAAGUAAGACAACUACACAUGGUCUUCUCCAUAGAUACUUAAGAAGCAUUAUAUUGAAUCACCUUGGUGCAGAGGCCCUUGAGAAAAUGUUGCUUUCUCAAAUUGAAGAAUUAGUCGUAAAAGCUCUACAAACAUGGUCAAGUCAGCCUUCUGUUGAAGUGAAACACGCCGCUUCUGUUUUGAUUUUACAUUUCGGUGCAAAGCUAUUGAUUGGUUAUGAUCAUGAAAAAUCACCUCGGAAAAUGAGUGAGACGUUCAAUAAUGUUGCGGGAGGUUUUAUGGUGUUUCCCUUGAACAUCCCUGGCACUGCACAUUAUAAAUCUUUGAAGGAUCAAACAGAGGCAGUGAACAUGCUGAGGAAAAUAAUAAAGGAGAGAAUCAAUUCACCUGAAAAUCAUCAUGGAGAUUUCCUUGAUCAAGCCAUUAAUGACAUAGACACGGAGAAAUACUUAACAGAAGACAUUAUCAUAUAUUCACUUUUUGGGCUCUUAUAUACUAACUUUGACGCCAUUUCAUCAAUAAUAGCAUUUACUCUCAAGUUACUUGAGGACCAACCUAAAGUUUUACAAGAGUUGCAGGCGGAGCACGAGGCAAUUCUCAAAGGCAGAGAAAAUCCAAGUUCCACACUCACAUGGAAUGAAUACAAGUCGAUGACUUUUACCUUUCAAGUAAUCAAUGAAGUUCUUAGGAUUGCAGCUGUUUCUCCUGGUUUACUACGAAGAGCACUGAAGGACAUCGAAUAUAAAGGAUAUACAAUUCCUGCUGGUUGGACCAUUAUGCUUGCAAAUUCUGCUCUUCAAUUAAACCCAAACACAUACAAAGAUCCACUUGCUUUCAAUCCAUGGCGCUGGAAGGAUCUUGACCCAUUGGUUGUAUCUAAAAAUUUCAUGCCUUUUGGAGGAGGAAUUAGAAAAUGUCCAGGGGCGGAGUAUGCUAAAGCGUUACUGGCUACCUUUCUCCAUGUUUUGGUCACCAAAUAUAGGUGGACAAGGCUCAAGGGAGGAAAGAUUGCUCGUAGUCCACUUCUAGGAUUUACAGAUGGCCUCCACAUUCGUAUCACUAAAAUGAGUAGUUAA